GAUGGUCGUCGUGCUACUGAAUUAAGAAAAAUAAAGUGUAAGCCUUCCGUAUUAAGCCAAGCUGAUGGAUCAGCUUAUAUCGAACAAGGCAAUACAAAAUGUUUGGCUGCUGUUUAUGGGCCAAGAGAGACUAGACAAAAAGCUCAAGUAAUACAUAAUAAAGCUAAUAUCAACGUUGAAAUUAGCUUAGCUCCUUUUAGCAUGCCGCAAGAACGGAAAAAAAGAUCUAAAUCUGACAGACGAUUAUUAGAAAUCGCAUCUGCAGUUAAACAAACAUUUGAACCGAUUAUAAUGACUAGUUUGUUUGCUAGAUCUCAGAUCGAUAUCUAUUUACAGAUCUUGCAAUUUGAUGGGGGUACUAUUCAAAUCUGUAUUAACGCUGCUACAUUAGCUUUGAUCGAUGCUGGCAUACCAAUGCAGGAAUAUGUUUGCGCUUGUUCAGCAGGAAGUCAUGAAGACCAGAUAUUGUUGGGUAAUCAAUACCUCAACAAUGCUGAAGAAAUGGCUGAUACUCCGGAGUUAACAGUUGCUUUGUUACCAAAAUCCGGAAAGUUCACGCUUCUUCAGAUGGAUUCACGUCUACAUGUUGAUAAAUUGGAGGCAGUGAUGAAAUUAGCUGCGACAGGUUGUAAGGAUAUUUACGAAAUUCUGGAUGAAACUGUUCGCGAAUACGUAAAAGACUUGUUACAAAAGUCAUCACCUUAUUGA